CUUGCCAACUCAGUUCUGAAGGGAGUUUGAAAUUGAAUCUUUGAAACUGUCUGUUUGGUGCACUGCCAGUGAAAAUGCCUUACAGAAGCCCUGGGCAUCUUCAGGGAUGACAGAAGCCAUGUUUGGAAAUGCAGCUGAACAGUGGGUCUGCCCCAAUGACAGACAGCUAGCACUUCGAGCAAAGCUGCAGACGGGCUGGUCUGUGCACACGUUCCGCACGGACCGGCAGAGGCGGAGCCAGGCGCUGGACGAGCGGGAGCUGGACAUCAUCCUGGGCGUCGUCCGCAGGGCGGAGCAGCUGGACCAGACGGAGCAGCGCAGGAUCGGGAGGCUGGUGGAGCGUCUGGAGAACAUGAGGAAGAGUGCAGUGGGGAACGGCCUGUCCCAGUGUCUGCUGUGCGGAGAGCUCUUAGGCCUGCUGGGAACACCCUCUGUGUUCUGCCAGGAUUGCCGUAAGAAAGUGUGCACGAAGUGUGGAAUCGAGACUGUGUGCAGUCAGAGAAGAGCACAGUGGCUGUGCAAAAUCUGCAGCGAGCAGAGAGAGGUGUGGAAGCGUUCUGGGGCCUGGUUUUACAAGGCCCUCCCCAAGUAUGUGCGUCCCAUGAAGGAGGCAGAGGGUGCCCUGGGGCCCGGCAUGCGGGCGGCUGAACGAGGAGGGCUCCAAACAGGGAUGAGUGUGUCAGCAGGUCGAACCUACAGCUGGGCGCGCAGCAAAGUGGUCUCCAGCGACAGCGAAAGUGAGUCAGAGCUGAGCGAGUCCAGCCUGGAGAGCAAGGCCUUCGCCCCCAGCUCACGGAGUGUCCCCGAGUGCAAGCAGCGUGAUGACUCAGUGUCCAGUGGAGGUCUGGUGCAGACGCCCACCAGCUUGAGCAGUAAGCCCCUGGGUGGCUUCCUGUCCGAGAGUCGGUCCAGCCUGGGCAGCGAGAGGAGCGGGGUCAUGGCCACCACCGAGGACUACGACACGGACUACAGCCGGCCCUCGCUGAUGUAUGUGCAGCUGUGA